AUGGACGCCCGCCGCCGCCGGUCCUCCUCUUCCCUCGUGAAGAAACUCACCGCCGACGAACCACCGGUGGAAUCAAUGGAUAAAAAUUCUCUUAAAGUUAAGAUGGUGGAACGACAACAUGUUCAUGAUGAUGCCGUUAAGACGUCUGAUGUUUUGCCUCUUCCCAUUUACUUCACCAAUGCCGCUUUCUUCACUCUCUUCUUCUCUGUUGUUUACUUUCUUCUUACGCGGUGGCGUGAGAAGAUUCGUUCAUCAACUCCUCUUCAUGUCGUUACGCUUUCUGAAAUGGUAGCCAUUUCUGCGUUUAUCGCUUCCUUUAUUUACCUUCUCGGAUUCUUCGGAAUCGACUUUGUUCAGUCGAUUUUCCGUCCUUCGCAUGAUGUAUGGACCUCUGAAGAUGAUGAGGUCGUUCUGAUUAAGGAGGAUACUCGGAAGGUUCCGUGUGGUGCUGGAAUCGAUUGUUCGAUUCCGAUUUUGGCACCUCCUUUGCAAUCUGUGACAAAAGUUGUUGAUCAGGUGCCUGUUAGCAUCGAUUUGACGGAGGAGGAUGAGGAGAUUGUUAAAUCUGUUGUGACUGGAACUACGCCAUCGUAUUCGCUUGAAUCGAAGCUUGGUGAUUGUGGACGAGCGGCGGCAAUCCGUCGCGAGGCCUUACAGAGAGUAACCGGGAAGUCGCUCUCGGGGCUUCCGUUGGAAGGAUUCGAUUACGCUUCGAUUUUAGGGCAGUGCUGCGAGAUGCCUAUUGGAUAUGUACAGAUUCCGGUGGGAAUCGCUGGGCCAUUGUUGUUAGACGGCAAGGAGUAUUCUGUACCCAUGGCUACCACCGAAGGUUGCUUGGUUGCGAGUACAAAUAGAGGUUGUAAAGCGAUUAUGAUGUCCGGUGGAGCUAACAGCGUGUUGUUGAGAGAUGCAAUGACGAGAGCACCUGUUAUGAGAUUCGCUACGGCGAAAAGAGCAGCGGAAUUAAAGUUCUACGUUGAAGAUCCGGCGAAUUUCGAUACCUUAGCCUCCGUUUUCAACAAGUCCAGUAGAUUUGGAAGGCUACAGAGUAUCAAAUGCGCCAUUGCUGGUAAGAAUCUCUACAUGAGAUUCUCUUGCAGUACUGGCGAUGCUAUGGGGAUGAAUAUGGUGUCCAAAGGCGUUCAAAACGUUCUAGAUUUUCUCCAGAAUGAUUUCCCUGACAUGGAUGUAAUUGGCAUAUCAGGAAACUACUGUUCUGACAAGAAGCCAGCUGCUGUGAACUGGAUCGAAGGGCGUGGUAAAUCAGUGGUUUGUGAGGUUACAAUCAAGGAUGAUGUAGUGAAGAAGGUCCUCAAAACCGACGUUCAAGCCUUAGGUGAGCUCAACAUGCUGAAGAAUCUCACUGGUUCUGCCAUGGCUGGAGCUCUUGGUGGGUUCAACGCCCAUGCCAGUAACAUAGUUUCAGCCAUCUAUAUAGCAACAGGGCAAGAUCCUGCACAGAACGUUGAGAGUUCUCACUGUAUUACAAUGAUGGAAGCUGUGAAUGAUGGCCAAGAUCUUCACGUCUCUGUUACCAUGCCUUCCAUAGAGGUGGGUACAGUUGGAGGAGGGACCCAACUUGCUUCUCAAUCUGCUUGUUUGAAUCUACUUGGAGUUAAAGAAGCCAACAGAGAAGCACCAGGAUCUAACUCAAGGCUGCUAGCCACCAUUGUAGCUGGCUCAGUUCUUGCAGGAGAAUUGUCUCUUAUGUCUGCAAUUUCAGCUGGACAUCUUGUGAGGAGUCAUAUGAAGUACAAUAGAUCCAGUAGAGAUGUCACUAAAGCUUCUUCCUCUUAAGAUCAUCUUCUUCUUCUCGUUCAAGGUAAUGAUUAUCUGUUCCCACAAGAAGAAAAUUUGCAGAAAAACAGCAGGCGGUGACUUUUGAAUAAUCAAUGGAUUUUGGACAUAAAACACAAAAGCCCCACAUGUAACUUUGGGAAUGAGUGACCACAAAACACAGUCAACCAUAUAACAAAAAGCUUCAAACCCUUUAUGUAAUUUUAGUUUUUUUUUCUUCUUUGAAUUAUAUAUAUAUAGCGUUGUUCUCUCGAUCUUCUUCUUCAAUUCAAAAGUUCAACAAACCCCAUGUAACUGAAAUUAUGUAAUUGUGUGAUGUGAUGAUGAAGUUCCUUCCCUUUUUUUUUU